AUGGUAGACGCCCCGGUACACGCGAAUCUGGAGGAUGUCACCAAGGACAAGGGUUUUCUGCGUUUCCUGAAAGAUGCACCGGCGAAAUCGGCGACCACAGUCCGCUUCUACGACAGGAAGACUUAUUUCUCUGUUCAUUUGGACGAUGCAACACUGGCCUCGAAAUGUUUGCUGAAGGUCUCCAUCAAGAACAUCCAGGGUAUACCAUCGGCAUGGAUCGGUCAGAGUAAUUAUGAGAGAUUUCUCAAAGAGCUGCUCCUUGUCAAGGCCUAUCGCGUGGGAAUUUAUGCGGAGGUCUCCGAUGGAUGGGAAAUGGUCAAAUCCGCUUCGCCUGGGAACCUUGUGGAACUCGAGGAUGUCUUGUUCGCGACCAAUGGUCCACAGUUGAUUGUUUCGUCCCACCGAAACGGAAUCGCUUCCUUACAAUUCACGCCUCAGAGUGAGAACGUUCUGAUUGGCCUUGCUUUCUGCGAUCCGGUGUUACAGUGUUUGAAAGUGACACAGAUUCUAGACAAUACGAUGCUGACAAAGCUCCAGGUGGGUCCCCUGAUUCAAAUCAGUCCCAAGGAGAUGGUCAUUCCGACGAAAAUGGAUGACAAACUACACAAGCUCCUCAAGAGGAAUAAUAUCACAUUUUACGAAGUCGCAGCAGAUCAUUUCAAUGACAAGAAUCUGGAGCAAGACUUGGAGAAAAUAUACAAGUUCGGGAAGAAACAGGCGAAGAAUAUACAGAUACUCCCACAAGGUCGGAAACCCCUCGCGGCGCUCCUGAAAUUCCUGAAUCUCGCCUCGUCGCCAAGCUCGUUCUCCCAGUUCUCUCUGCAAGAGCUCAAACCAGACACCCUGAUGAGAUUAGACGCCGCAGCUGUGCAUGCGUUGCAUCUGUUACCAGUGAAUGAACUCGCGGAGGAAGACACGAUUUACGGCAUUUUGUGCCAAGCUAGAACAGCUGGAGGGCAGCGCCUGCUUUCCGAGUGAAUCAAACAACCUCUGAUCGAUCCUGUUAGAAUCGGGGAACGUUUGAAUAUCGUGGAGUUUUUUGUGAACUCCAAUGAAGUUCGCCAUUUUUUGCACGGAGACUUCCUGAGGCGAUUCCCCGAUCUGCACAUCUUGGCGAAAAAACUUCAUGAGAAGAAAGUCCUUCUGAACGACCUCUACAAACUUUACACUAUAGUCCGGUCGCUCACUCCUGAGCUGACGGCCUUGCCGCAGGGAGAAUGUGCUUCCCUCGACGAUUUGAUCGUCAAGUCCUUACAGGGCCUGACGAAAGAUUUCGACAAGUAUGUGGAUAUGAUUGAGCAAGUUAUCGAUAUCGAGAGGGCCGAGAGCAAAAUGGAGUUCCUCGUGAUGCCGUCGUUCGAUGAAUGUCUUCGUCAGGAGAUCAAUGACCGCAUAGUAGAUUGCGAAAAAGAAGCCGAAAAACUAUUGACGAAAGCUGCUCAAACAUUGAGCACCGAGGAAGGCAAAGUGAUCAAACUGGACUACGCGACAGACGGAGGAUUCGUCUUCAGAGUCAGCAAAAAGGAAUACAACCGAAUCAAGACCCAGCGGGCAUUCGAUAUUACCGACGUGAAGAAGAACGGGGUUUCGUUCUCGAGUGGGAAACUUCACGACCUGAACUCCGAAUACGUCGCCGCAAAAUCUGACUACAAGACGAUGCAGGAAACUUUAGUGAGCGAUAUCGUUGAAGUCGCGUCGGGAUAUUCGGAUCCUCAGCUCGCCGAUAAUAUAAGCCAUCUGGAUGCUUUGGUCGGCUUGGCUGUCGCGGCAGUUGAUGGUAAUUAUGUGAGACCGAAGAUCAUCGAAAUGUCGGGAGGAGAAAUAAAGCUGGAGAACGUUCGCCAUCCGAUUGUGGCUAAGAAGCAAUCGCAAUACGUGCCGAGUGAUGCUCAUUUCACCAACGAUGACCGAAGAUUCCAAAUCCUCACUGGCCCGAACAUGGGCGGUGAAUCCACUUUCAUGAGAGCCGUCGCUACAACCGUGGUCAUGGCUCAAAUAGGUUCCUUCGUGCCUUGCGACGAAGCGACGAUAUCUGUGCGAGACGCAAUUCUGACGCGCGUUGGGGCAGGGGACGAAAUUGUCAGAGGGGUAUCCACAUUCAUGGCCGAAAUGCUCGAAACUGCCUUCAUUAUGAAAUCAGCCACCGAAAACUCUCUCAUCGUGAUCGACGAGUUGGGCAGGGGGACCUCUACAUACGACGGCCUGGGAUUAGCUUGGGCGAUUUCCAAGUAAGUACCUAUUUACAGUAAGGGCUGUGCUCUUCUCGAUUCCUCUUCCGAAACGAAAAUUCAGGCGAAGCAGCCGGAGGACGAUCGGAAAAAUGAGCAGGACCGCUCUCAGCGAGGUCUCUCCCCGGCUUGCAAGCAGCGCAGUCGGACACGGAGCCGUGUCCGAAACUUAUCUUGA